AUGGCUCGGCGUAUAGUAUAUCUUGUCAAUUGUGUCGAUAUGAAUUGGUAUCGAAGUGAAACAUCGUCAAAAAUUGUACCACCGUAUAAAAACUCUUAUACAAUAUUACAAGAAGAUAUAUUAAAUAAAUUAGUAAAUGUCAAUAUUGAAACAUUACAUAAUACGAAAACCAUAUCAAAUAGUCUUGGUCAAGCAGUACGUGCUAGUGAUCUGAUUCUAGAUGUUGUCGAUGAAACAUUAAUGAAUACGGAAUCUGAUAUUAGUCAUCAAGAAAACACACAAAUACAUCUGCAUAGAGCAGAAACAUCACUUCGUGAGAAAGAACAUACGCUUGAUCUUGCAAACGAACAAUUAAAAAGUGCUCAAGAAGAUGUUGAAGAUGCUCAGUUAUGUCGCGGUAAAAGAUUUAUCGGUAGCUGGUGGAGACAAAAUAUUGUUAAACCUGUAGAAAAAGCGGUUAAACAAGUGGUUGUAAAACCAAUUUGUCGAGUGGUUAACUAUCAUGGUAUUGAAAGUGCAAAAGAUAAGCGUAGUUCAGCGUCCGAUGCUGUUAAUCUAGCUAGACAAGAUGUUUUUCAUUUGAAAAGUCAACUGAGUGACUUGACAAUGAGUCGAGAAAUGUAUGUUAAAGAAUUAGAAAUGGAAAAUAAACGGUUAGAAGUGUUGAACAAUACGUUAACAGAAAUGAAAGGAAGACAACUAUUAGUAUCAUCAAUAACAACUCAGUUAAAAGCAGCCAAUCUUUAUCUAACAAAUUUUUACGGUACAUCUGCAAUCCUCUUGGAUGAAAUAAAACGUUUAGUUGAUUUUGAACGAUUAAUUACGCCGUUGAAUGCUGUAUAUACUGAAAUGUUGAAUAAUCAUGUGAUGUCGACAUUUCCCGGUGGACAAAUAUCUGUCGAAACAAUUGAGCAUGUAAAAAUGAAUUUAGACAAGUUAAAAGUUGUUUUACCAAAUAUGCCACCCAUUGAUCAGUAUACUCAAUGUUACUGA